AUGAUCUUCCGAAUGGAUUCUGAUUUCGAUUUAUGGUUAUCCUUUUCGGUUCUAUGGGGGCGUAAUGAGGAUGAUUUAGUCGGUUUACACGGAGAUCUUGGCCGAUUUGGAAAAUCCCGUGACGUUUUGGCAAGAUCUAACGGGAUUAAGAUGAUACACGGCUGGGAUGGAUCGAAUUUUUCGGAGAUGGGGAAGAGAUGUCAACGAAGUUAUUCUAGGAAAGGAGAGGAGGCUCCAGGAAAACAAAAGGAAAUUGAGAUUAACUAUUCGUUCACAAUUAGGAAACACAAUCGGAGAGAUGACUCUCCAAAAUCAGCUGAUUCGUCAAAACAUAAUCUUUCGGGUAAUCAAUUCAGACUUUCUAUUGUGGAUUUAGUGUCUCUUGGGAAGAUUGCGGAUAUUCUUCGGGUUUUGAUUGAAGAUUUAACGGGAUUGAAUGGGAAGAAUGUUAAUGAGCGGGAGCAGUAUAAAAUCACACUCGGACAUUGUGAAAAUUCACCUUUCUUUGUUCGGAAAUUCUCUUUUGGCUUAUUGUGCUCUGUUUUUCUUUGUGCGUGUGUUCUCGAUUCGUUUAACACAGUUCUGUGCUUUUGCUUUCUCGUGCAAGACUCAAAGAUGGCGCAAGGAAGUUUGGUCGGUGGUGGUGGGUCAAACGCCGGUGACAAGAAGCAGGGGUCCCAUCUGAAGAUCACGGUCCCAAGAUUUGACAACACGGCCUUGAUCAGAGGCUACUCUCGCACUCUGAUCGGAAGAUGCAUGAAUCCGGCGGCUCAGGAUGUCAAUGCUUUGCUGCAUCAUAUGUCACGGUUUUGGAAGAUGGAGGAUAGAGUCGCUGGAGCGGACUUGGGAAUGGGGAGGUUCCAGUUCGACUUUGACAAUGAGGAAGACAUCGUGGAGGUGUUUAAGCUUGAGCCCUUUCACUUCGACUACUGGAUGGUCUCCUUGGUGAGAUGGGAACCGGUGAUGGAUCCAACAUACCCUUCGGCAAUCAAAUUUUGGGUGCGAAUGAUGGGGAUUCCGCUUCAUUUCUGGGCGGAACCAACAUUCAGGAGUAUCGGUGAAGCCCUUGGUGAAGUUCUGGAGGUGGACAUCGACGUUGGCAGGGUGAAAGUCUGUCUUGACGGGUAUAAACCUCUCAUCUUUGAGACUACGGUGGAGUUCCACGGAGGUGAGGAGAAUUUGGUGGCUCUCAGGUAUGAACGCCUAUUUGGCUUCUGCCGUAAAUGCUCCAGUCUUUGUCAUGAUGUUAGCCAAUGUCCGGUUCUUAGAAGAGUAAGAGAGGAGCGGGACAACCACCGUCGGCGAGAUGAGAAACCAGAUGGUGGGGUGAUGAGUUACAAAAGUGUGGUGGUGAACAGACCAGGUGGGGAGCAGGGGAAUGUGCGACAAGCUCAUCCCACCACUGGAGGAGAUGUGAAAGGGAAGGGCAAAGUAGAGGAAGCCAGGGAGGAACGUGGAAAGAGGCAGGCGACUUUCCGGGGAAAGAAUGGGGGUGAGAGCUCCGGCUCACAGAGAAAACUGGCGGGAUUUGUUCCCCUAGAACAGAGAAAGAGAAUUAACAGGCCGACAGUAAGGUUGAAGCACAUGGCGGCUCCGGCGACUGGCUUGGUGGUGAUAGAUAUGAAGGGCAACGAUCCCAGCCCCAGCCAACAGUCGGUAAACGAGGAAGCGGGAACGAAACUUGCCCAUACGGUGAACGAGGAAAUGGCGGAUGGUACUGGCCCGGUGAAUGAACCAACGGUGAAUGAGUCGGUGAUUCCCGAGGAGGGAGAGGAUGGCGAGAUCUGGUGGAAUGAGGUUCUUGAUGAAGGAGCAGCGGAGGAGGCAGCGGAGGAGGCAGCGGAUGAGGAUGAGAACCAUAUGGAGACGCAAGACAGCAACGACAUGCUUAUGGAGGUGAGUGACAAUGCGGGAAAUGCACAAGAUGUUGAGCAGUUUGUUGAUGUGUGCAUGGUCCAUGGUGCGAAAACACCACGGAAGAAGACAGCGUCGAAAGAACCACAGCGACUCGGUGAGAAACAGGCGGGAAAGGCAAAGGAGGCGGAGAAAAACCUGUCAGAGGGGUCCGGGACCAAUCUUAAAGCUCCUUAA